AUGCCCUCGCCCCUGAAUCUUCGACUGACUGUUGAAAUCCCCUACCGGGGUCUGGAAUCUGCCCCUCCUACUGCUUCAGGAGAAGUGGUGGAUGGUCGAGGAAAUAGUCGAAAUGAUGUCGACCAAGAGGGCCCUUGUGUCCUACUGGUCGUUGUCAAAGACCCCCACAACAUGUCAGUCACGGAGUUGAUUCACUUAAUUGAAGGCCAGUGGAAAGAAGUCUGGCCUCAAAAGAACCCCUUGCAAAUCCGCCAGUUGAUCAAUAAUGAGUUUGCACCAGCUACCUUUUCGCCGCGCCGCUCCGUUGCCGAUAUCUGGGUGGACAAAGGUCGCGCCUUCAGAGAGGGUUUCGACCAGCGGGGUACCGCGACGGUCGUCCCAGUGACCAACAGCUCAUCGUCGAAUUCACAACUUGAGCAGGCUGUCUCCGCAGUGCCCAAUGCUGAAGAGAGUGGGCACAAUGCAGAGCGGAAGCGCGUAGAGGAGGCUUGCGAUUCGACCAGCUCGAGGGCUCGAGACCAGAAUCCAAUCAUCGGCCCUGGUGAAAAGGGCCGAUUGCAGCCAGCAACACCUGCGCAAAUCGCCAAACGACCCAGACUGGCCCUAGGUGCCCAUGUUCCCGCAGACAACUCGGUCGAGAAGGGUCCCUGGUCGCUGAAUGACCCGUCGCCGGUGUUUUACACCAAUAAUCGGGUACCAGCUUUCGCCUGCCCCAGUGGGCACAGACGAAACACGAGUUCAACCUCGAGGAGCUCUUACGAAAAAGGCCUUGGCCUUGGAAUCACUGCAAGUCCAGCCUACAGAAAACGGCCUCAGACGCAGAAUGUGACAUGUGAAGACCCUCAGCCGCGACCCAUGCCGUUGGCUCCAUCGUUCUGUGACACGCGCAAAUCAAUGCCGAUGCAACCCUUUGAGCAAGACUCUCCACUUGGACACAAGAAACCUGUGGAGCGACCUUUCAACUCCGCUCCCAGCACGAUUGCUGGGCUUCGCAUUCAUGAGGACCGUCCAGCUCGGAAAGAGAUGCCCAUCGACAGGCAGCCAAAUUCAGAGGAGCUAGCGGUGGUAAUUCCCAUGCAGACUUUCUCCAACGACUGGCUGAAACCCAGUGAAGUCAAAAAGCUGCUCAGAGAACCCAAUCUGAGCCCGGAAGCGCGAGCGAAGCUUGAAGAAAUGCUCCAAUUAGAUCGAGACAGAAUGGAUCUUCACGACGACCAGCGGCUUAAUUCAACCCAGAGAAGAAGGGAACUAAAUAAAGUCGCCAAGCGACUUGCACGACGCCGAGAAAAAUUUCGAAAAAUGAGAAUUUUUGCAACCCUUCCUGUGCCCAAUAGCACCCAGGCUGGUGACGCUGGCGACCAGAAUGAGUGUGGACGUAGGGCUCGGAGAAAAUCCACCGACAGAACGAACCCCUUCUCAACCAGUGCGACGAGUAGCGGCCACGGCGCCUCUCCAAGAGCGGUCCCGUCAAGCAUGUCUCUUGGAUCAAGCGCUGAUCCGGAAGCCAUGUCUGAGCCGGUGAUACCCGAUAGCGCGGAUACCAUGGUGCACUUCAAGGGUGAGGACUCGAAGACCAGCAAUCCAGCUUCUGAGCAGAGAGGAGAAGAGCCAUUGAGCGAGAGCGAUGGGAGCUAUGGUGGUGAUAUCGAAUACGACGCCAACGUUCUGCGGGACCAAGAAAACUCUUCUCCAACUGUCAACGGGGCUGCCAAGCGGGGAAAGGCGAAGAAACGAGGUUCUCAGCGUCUGGUCAAGAGUGACAGAGAUGUUGCAGCGUCCAGUUCAGAUCCCACGCCGGUUCUGCGAGACAUCAAGUUCAAGAAAGCCAUGUUGCCGCAAUUGAUGAAUAAGAUGGAAGCGCAAUCUUGCACGGUGGAUUCAAACGCGGAAGAGGUUGACGUGUCAGACGAGCAAGAACCGUCUGAGGAAUAUUCCAAUGGUCAUGACGGCGAGGACCACGAGGGACGGGAAGAGGUGUCCAUUCCAGACGAGAAAGACUCGCCUUAUGAAGAUUCAAUGGGUCAUGACGAUGAGGACUUUGAGGAGUGA